AUGGGCCCGGUAGAGAUAGGGAUGAUCGGCAAGCGCUACGAGCGGGGCCGAUGUUUCGUGUUGUGGGUGGCCAUCGGAUUGUUCAGCGUGCCCAUGCGGAUCCCUACCAAUGUCCUAGACUACAAGUUCGACAAACUUCCGGCUUGGAUAUCCCCGGAAGUUAAAGAGCUACCAUACGAGACUUCAAUAGCAUGCUCUUACUUCGUCUUUCCCUUAAUAAGUCAUCAAAUUUGGUGCUUUUCGAUCCCCAGUUGCUAUGGGGAACAAAGGCAGAAAUACAAUAGAAUCCUCCAUUUAAGUGGUUCUCGCUUCUCCUUGUUCCUGCUCCUAACUCCUCCCCGGGUAGUUCCCAAUGUUUGGCACUUUCCAUACUUCGUGGGUGCAACAUUAACAAAUUCGCUCAUGAUCAAGUUACAACCUAAGAUCUAUGACUAUAUUAUGUUAACUGUUCGUAUUUUGUUCAUUCCAUCGGUAUGCUCCCAGGUACCUGUAAUUGUGAUCUAUUUGCCAGAACCAAGGGGUCUUUCUGUGGAAACCUUCACGAGCAAUCGUCGUUUUUUGAUGGUUUUUCCGCUUUUCACAGCUGCUCUUUCCACACCCCUGGAUAUCUGGUGCCAAACCGUCGCCCCUUUCCUUAUAUAUUCGAUAAUCGAGUUUUGCUUUCUGCUGCUUCUUGUUCUGCUUUGCCGAGAGAAUUUCACCUCUGUGGAAUGCCCUAUAGCUAUAUUUAGCUAUAUUACUCCUCUAGCUAUAUUUAGCUAG